GAGGGAGGUUCAGGAGCAAGGAGGUAAACCUAUCUUGCGGGUCUUUUUCUUUGCUGCUCUCCUGCUGAGAGCUCCAAAGCUGGAACAGGUACAGAGAGAUGCCUUUCCCAGUCCUUCAGCACCUUGCUUUCUCUGGGCCUAACGUCCUCCCAGGGUCUGGGUUAAUCUUCCCAGCGUCAUUUUUUUAAACAGCAGAAAGAAGACAGCGGUAAGCAUCUUGGUUCUCCAUGGGGAAAACCGAGAAAGGAGAGCGUUCCCUCCCACCUACCUAAGUUUCCCCAGUUGCCAAAUCACAAGACAGCGACAGAGACGGGCGAUGACUCAAGACCCACUUCGAAUCUCCUCGGUUCUUGAGCAAGGUCGAGGGUGCUCGGGGCUCUGGGGAGACGUUGCAUCACGUAGAGUGUGGAAAGGGCUUGGGAAUUUUCCCUGGGGGGCUCGCUAUACUUCCCGGGAGCUAGUCUAGCAGGAAGCAGGCAAAGGUGGGACUAGUCGGCUGGGUGUGGAGAUCCGACCUCACCUCAGGCUCAGGCGUUGAAAGGAAGCUUCGCCACUGGAUCGGCCGGAGCAGGCGCUCGCAGGCUCGGCCGCUCCCCCCUGGUGUUACGUCUGCGCCCGUCGGGAGUGGGGAGCGGCCACGCAGAGAGAGGCGCAGUUGACACACCUGUGCCCCUCGGCCCAGCUGCCGCGGGCGGGACACAGUGGCCGCCCCAGCCCUCCGGGACGGAAAGGAAGGGGGAAGUGCCUUGCGCAAGGCGGAGGCGGCACCGGGACGCCCGCGCGGGGCGGGCGCUAGGACCGGGCGGCGCACCUGUUGUCCCGGCCCGGGCCCCGCCCGGACUGCGGGCUCGGAGGGUGCCCGGAGGGAGCGCGGCGCGAGCCGAGGGACCCGGAGGCCCGGGGUGGCGGCGGCGGCGGCGGCUGCGGAGCGCGGGCCCGGACGCACCAUGGCCGGGCUGCUUCGGAGCCUGCAGGAUUCCCAGCUGGUCGCUCGCUUCCAGCGCUGCUGCGGGCUCUUCCCGGCGCUGGAGGAAGGCUCGGGGGAGAACGGCGCGGACCCCGCUGAGGGCGCGGCGCAGGCCCCCGGGGUCGAGCAUCUCCCGGCGGCCAACGACAAGCGCGGCGGGGGUCCGGCCAACGGGCUGCUGCGGAGCGCCGCGGUCCCGCAGGCUUAUGGACAGAAGUACAUUGUGAAGAAUUAUUUCUACUAUUACUUAUUCAAAUUCUCAGCCGCCUUGGGUCAAGAAGUGUUCUACAUCACAUUCCUUCCAUUUACACACUGGAAUAUUGAUCCUUAUUUAUCCAGAAGGCUGAUCAUCAUUUGGGUGUUGGUGAUGUAUAUUGGUCAGGUGGCCAAGGAUAUCUUGAAAUGGCCCCGUCCUGCCUCCCCUCCCGUUGUGAAACUUGAAAAGAGAGCGAUUGCCGAAUUCGGGAUGCCAUCCACCCAUGCCAUGGCCGCCACGGCCAUUGCCUUCACCUUUCUUAUCUGUACUAUGGACAGAUACCAGUACCCUUUUGCUUUGGGACUGAUGGUGGCCGUGCUGUUUUCCACCUUGGUGUGUCUCAGCAGGAUCUACACGGGCAUGCAUACGGUCCUGGAUGUACUGGGUGGCAUCCUGAUCAGCGGGCUCCUCAUUGUGCUAACGUACCCUGCCUGGACACUAAUUGACUGCCUGGACUCGGCCAGCCCCCUCUUUCCCGUGUGCGUCAUAGUCGUGCCGUUCUUCUUGUGUUACAAUUACCCUGCGUCUGAUUACUACAGCCCUACCAGAGCGGAUACCACCACCAUUAUGGCUGCUGGGGCUGGUGUGACUAUAGGAUGCUGGAUCAAUCAUUUCUUCCAGCUUGUGUCCAAGCCGGCUGAAUCACUCCCUGUCAUUCAGAACAUCCCACCACUCACCACUGACAUGUUAGUUUUGGGUCUGACCAAAUUUGCAGUGGGAAUUGCAUUGAUCCUCUUGGUUCGUCAGCUUGUACAGAAUCUCUCGCUGCAAGUGUUAUACUCAUGGUUCAAGGUGGUCACCAGGAACAAAGAGGCCAGGCGGAGACUGGAGAUCGAAGUGCCUUACAAGUUUGUUACCUACACAUCUGUGGGCAUCUGUGCUACAACUUUUGUGCCAAUGCUGCACAGAUUUUUGGGAUUACUGUGAGCCUCAAACAGUUGGAAAUGAGCCCACUGGACAUGAGAAGCAAGACAUAGGAAAGUUGUAGGUGGGGAAGAGUUAACUCAUUUUUCUUAAAAAAAAAAAAAUUAGCCAAGUACAGUGGCUCAUGCCUAUAAUCCUAGCACUCUGAGCAGCUGACACAGGUGGAAUGCUUGAGCUCAGGUACUCAAGAGUUCAAGACCAGCCAGAGCAAGAGUGAGAACCCAUCUCUACUAAUAAUAGAAAAAUUAGCCAAGUAUUAUGGCAAGAACCUGUAGCUACCUUGGAGGCUCAGGCAGGAGGAUCACUUGAACUUAAGAGUCUGAAGUUGUUAUGUUAAGAGCUUGGGUGACACCACAGCACUAUAGUUUGGGCUACAGAGUAAGAAUCUGUCUCAAAAAAAAAAAAAAGAAAGAAAAGAAAGGAAAAUCUUUAGUCACAGGGUGAUGCUACAGUUGAACCCAGGUGAAAAACCACAAUUAAGGGCGGCGCCUGUGGCUCAAAGGGGUAGGGCGCCAGUCCCAUAUGCCGGAGGUGGUGGGUUCAAACCCAGCCCAGGCCAGAAACUGCAAAAAAAAAAAACCACAAUUAAGAUCUUUAGGGACUUCUCUCCCAUCCUCCAUUCUGUUACUUGAAUUUGGGACCUAGUCAUGAGCUGGUAGAAAUUGUGGCCUGGCUUAGCAAUGGCUCUGAGCCACACUGAGUUCUAGCGAGCAGGCAGGGACAGGGGAUCUGGGAGGCUGGAAGUAGAGCAUUUCUUUUCAUUUAGGGCCUUUGCCCAGCCCUGAAUCUCAUUUCCAAAAUGGGGAUUUUGUUACCCAUGUAAAACUGCAUUCCCUGGAUAGGGUAACUUCCUUGUUGUUAGGAUCUAAUUGAACUGUGUCUGCUGCUGGGGUGGUGAGAAUGCUCUGAAAUUAAGCUUGCUGUGCAAAGCUCAAAGGUGGCAAAGCUAUAAGGUCAGGGGGAAGAGCCUGCUUUCCUUUGGGUGCUGUGAAAUAGGGACCUCCUCUUCCUGUCCAUACAUUUUGCAGGAUUCCAGGCACACUUACCCUGUUCUUCUGAACCAUGAAAUAAACCGGCUGCUUCUGCCUCACUGGGGAGGUGGGGGCUGGCCUUCAGCACACGUGGACAGACACAUCUGGGAGCCCUCUGCCCAUCUUCAGCCUUUUUGGUUUCAUAUAAACUUGGAGGCAUUGGCAUCUGCCUAGAAAAGUGGAUCAGUAGAACAGAUGAACCUGACAGAGGUACAGUCCCCCAUGACAUUGCCCGAAGCUCACAAGGCCUCCUUGACACUCCCCUCCCUGUCUCCGUUCUGUUCUGUCCAUCUCGAAUCAGGGUUCCCCAUCCAUUUUCCUCUUCCCACCUCUUAUCUUUUGGAAAUUUAAAGGAUAACUAGUGCAAGAACAACUUUAGCUUCUCUUUGGAAAACAAGCCACCCAAAUAAAACACCAGAGAGUCACCUUCCUGGGCUCCUCUUCAGUUUUUAAAAAUAAGGAACAGGUGUCAACACCUCCCUUAAAACUCAGUGUAAAUGUCACGGUAACAAGGUAUCUACUGAGGCACAGUGCCUGAACCACUGAAACCCAUGUUUUAUGAGCCCAACACAUCAUUGCCACACACAGACUCUGGGAAAAAUUAGCCUCCUUGAAAUGACAGAAGGUCUUAACCUCUGUCUGCAUUCAGUCUUAAAGCUGAAAGCCAGGUUUUUCUUGAUUUCAGAUACAUCCUACUGCUUAUUAUUGGAAUGAUCUUUGGUAUUUGACCUACUGCUUCAAUUUCUAGAGAAAAAUAUUUUGUAGUAAAACAUACUGUUUUAAGAGUCUUCUCACAUUUAACCACAGUUAGAAGGAAGGGGUCAGAAAGACCUUCCCUGACUGCUCACCUGACUCGGGGCGAGCCCCGGCUUCAGGCUCCCAGCCGAGUCUGCUCUGUGGCGCAGUGGCUGCUGGUUGGAUGAGGCAGUUUCCUGCACCUGUCCCACCAGCUGCCAAAUCGAAGAUCGCAACACUGGAUAUUUACACAAAAUGAUUUUUGUUGAUUUGUCUGAAGCCAGCUGACAAAGGAUCAGCUUUUCCCAUUUGUAUCUUUUAGAAAGAUGAGCUGUAAUUAUUGUCACCGCCGUGGGUAUUGGCAUUUCAUAAAUACAUAGAUGUAUGUUAUACAUAAUUUUUAUUGUUGUCUCUUUUAAGUCUCAAUAGGAAGGUCGAUCAGUUGUAUUGAUGUAUUUAAGAUUGUAUUUACCUUAAUUUGGAUUGAGGAUGGAUAUAAUAGUAAUGGCACAUUAAGGAAUGACCCCAAAUUUGUCAUGGUUGGUCACUUUUUAAAAUAUCUGAUUGCAGAAACUUCUUAUAUAUAUAAGAAGUAUAUGUAUAUAUAUGCGGAUGAGGCCAAGUUUAGUUUUUGAACCCGCCACCUCCGACAUAUGGGACCGGCGCCCUACUCCUUGAGCCACAGGCGCCAACCCCCAAGUUUAGUUUUUGAACACUCCUGCUCGGUGGUGUAGAAUCAGGCAGCAACUGAUGGAAAAAAGUCAGCACCUGAUUCAAACUCUUGCUUUUAGCCCUCUUCCACUCAUUUCUCAGCACUAUGCUCUGACACCCUCACACACCACUGCACACCCCUUUGGAGGGAGGAUGCCUUGAGGCGCCUUUGAAGACAUGGAUUUUUCUCUCUGGGGAAAGACUGCCCCCUGCUGGUUUGGCUCCAGUCUUGGUCCAGAGCCUGUCUCUAGAUCCAGAGUCGGAGAUUAAGAAUUUUUUUCUUUUUUUUUUUUUGAGACAGAGCCUCAAGCUGUCACCCUGGGUAGAGUGCUGUAGCAUCACAGCUCACAGCAACCUCCAACUGCUGGGCUCAAGUGAGUCUCCUGCCUCCACCCCCCAAGUAGCUGGGACUACAGGCGCCUGCCGCAACGCCCAGCUAUUUUUUGGUUGUAGCUGUCAUUGUUGUUUGGCGGGCCCAGGCUGGAUUCGAACCCGCCAAAUCAGGUGUACGUGGCUGGCACCUUAGCCGCUUGAGCCACAGGCGCCUAGCCGGAGAUUAAGAAUUUUUAAAAGUCAAGAUCACCAUCAUGUAAGCCUAGAACCCAUGGCCUGGCCAAACUCGCUUUUGGGAACUAUGACACAAAAGCCCUCAGGAUUAUUGGCCCUCCAGGAGCCAGGUACGAUGACAUGCCCUUUCCUAAUGCGCUCCAUCCUGCCCCCAACCCACUUCCACUUUGGGCCAGGGCGUCCAUCCUGCCAGACAGACAUCAUUUCACGCCAGUGAUGCACCAUCACAGAAUACUCAGAAGAUAAAAACAUAGAAGAGACUCCUGAACUAAAAUCCCUCUAGUGGCAGUGGCUGAAGUCACUCCACUACAUGCCCCAUGGUCUCCCUGUAAGAUGCGGUUUCCUCACCCCGACAGGCGACUUGCACUUCCAGCGUAAUCAGGGCGUGUGGCGUUCCCGUGCCAUAUGCCCCAGGUUUCUAUUUUGGAAGCCCGCAGCUGUCUUGCUUAUGUACCGUAUGUAAAUUUAUUCUUUUGAAAAUAAAGAAAAUCACUUGUU